GUAUGGAUCAGAAAGAGUUCCAGUUCGGAAGCGUUUGCUGCGGAGAGGGAAUGAAUGGGCGCUGGGAAUCCACCUUCGGAGGUGGGGACGGGCGGGCUGUAGCGAGAGGGCCUUAGCGUGUGAACGGCCGGGCUCGGGCCUCCUUUCCGCAGCAUGGAGGACGAUGCGCCGGUGAUCUACGGGCUGGAGUUCCAGGCACGUGCUUUAACACCUCAAACCGCAGAAACAGAUGCCAUUCGGUUUUUAGUUGGGACGCAGUCUCUUAAAUAUGAUAAUCAGAUCCACAUCAUAGAUUUUGAUGAUGAAAAUAACAUUAUAAAUAAAAACGUCCUCCUCCAUCAAGUGGGUGAAAUCUGGCACAUUAGUGCCAGUCCUGCAGAUAGAGGUGUGCUGGCAACCUGCUACAAUAAAA